GGAACACACGUUACAAUGAAAUAUAUAAGAGACGCGAAAUAAAAUAACAAACAAGGCUUCCAGGUAAUAGCUAUUACUUACGUUAGGUUGCCAAUGUGGAUCCUGUGAAGCUUUCUUUGACCUAUUAAAUUUGUAUAGGCUGGGACUUUGAUUAAAUUCGGGUAGAUAAUUCAAGGAUACUUAAUUAUUGAAAAAAUGCCCCGUGUACACGCCGCGUUGCUUGCGUGCGUGUUUCUAGCUGUCACGCUUUUUGUGAGCGGAAGCUUAGGGUUCAGCAGCGGUAGCGUAAGUCUUGCAUGCGACAGCAUGUAUCCUCUUCACCUAACCCUCGGACCGCAGCGCAGCCCAUCGCCGUUCAUCAUCCACGCCAGCAAGGAAGAUAAUAGCACCAUCAGAGUAACGCUGACGUCUGAGGCGGAAACCUUUCGUGGCUUCUUCCUGCAGGCCCGCGACAAAGACGACCAGAGGGUCGGCAAGUUCUUGAACGUGCAAGGCGGUGGGCAAAUACUGCGCUGUGACGAAGAGGGUAAUUCAGUAUCGCACAAAAGUCCCGAGGAUAAACAACAAGUUUCGAUGACGUGGGUUCCUCUUCAGCAUCGCGGGGCGGUGAUAUUUCAAGCCACUGUGGUGCAGCGGUACAACACAUUUUGGACGAAUAUCAGGUCUCGAAUGUAUAACGUUUCCUAAUAAUUUACAUGAGUCAUCAUUCAAAGUAAGUGUUCUCGAAAAGCAAAUGAAUUCCUUCUUUGUUGUAAGCAUUUAAUGUUGCGUUUUUGUUUUAAAAUCGUAAUCAACAAUUUUACAGUUGGUACAUCGUUGAUCCCAAUCAGUUUCUAAUAUCUUCAAGAAUAUAAGAUGCUUUAAUACGAGCGGUUCUUUUCCGUAUAACCUAGGUUUUUGCACCAAGAUGUUAUUCAACAAAACGCUGUUCAGGAUCACCGUACCUUAAUCACUAUACACGUAGAAUGUGACAUUCGUCAGCCUUCUGUAUUGUCAUUUCUCAAUUUUACUAUUUGUACGUUACUUAAUCUGAACUUUGACAUUUUACUAUCCAAAUCGUUAUUCAUCGCAACUGAAGAAAAUAAACGGACCUCGGUGCGUAUCAAACAAACAUCUGGAAUAACAUUUUAUUGUCAAUGUAAAUGUUUAGACAUUUUCUCUGUAAGUGAAUAGUGACGCCGGAGCUGAAACUUCUUGACCCCAGUAAAUUAUUCAUCGAAAAAAAUUUCCACUGUACAGGCAAUUUUUAUUUUAUAACC